AUGGCAACCAAUCAAAGGAAAUUUGAGAAUGAGCAAAACGGAAUGAAAUCUUUGCGCAAGGUAAAGAAGAAUGCGAGAGGAAGACAAAAGAUGCCUUCAAAGACAAAGAAGAAUUCGAAGGCGCCAUCAAGGCUGUCAAAUUCUGACCAGUCUGCUGCAUCCCCUAGAACACCAUCAUUGGCAUCUAGCGUAGACUUAGAAGAUAGAGAACAAGAAGAUAUCGCGUUGUCUUUAGAAGACGCAUCGAGUAAAUAUCCGUCUUUGAUUGGUAAAUCUGCUUUCAUUGGUCGAAUCACCGAUGUUGAGCCGGAGUCUACUACUGCCGCAAGAGGUUGUAAAAUUUGGCUUUCGGAAUCUUCCCUGGUUUCUUCUUCCCUUGCCCCUGGUUCCAUUGUAUCGGUGUCGCUUGCUGCUGUUGAGAGGAGAUUUUCGAGUAGUAGUUUUCCUCUCAGCUCGUUCUCCCGUGAAUGGACCAGACAAUGUGAGGGGGAAUCUGUGGAUGAAAUAACUGAUGAAGCUGGGAAUUACUUUGCUCUUGCAACGGUUUUUCCUUCUUCUAAGGUUUCCAAGAUUGGAGUGCAGUUGUCUUCAAACCUUGCCUACACGAUGGGAUGUCCUGCUUUAGGCAGGGUCAUAUUUGUUUACACUAUUAGAAAUCAACUCCUAACUGAUAUUGUAAAUGGGAAUGAUAAGCCACUAGGUGCAAAGGCUGAUAAUCUUUCACUUCAUAACUGCAAUGAAUUGUAUCUGGAGCCGGUUCCUUUUAUGGACAGAGUAAAAAUGAAGAGUGAUACUAUGUCUGUAACAAAAUUAUCUGCAGAAAAAAGACAUCACCAAUCUGAAAAUGGCACGAUUUUGUCCCCUAAGACACCUUUGUGUCAGCCAAAGCUUAGCUCUUGUAGUCCCAUUAAGUUAGCUUCACCAAUAUGUGAACAAGCAGCAUCCAAUAUAUUCAAUUCAAACGGCAUGGAUGUUGAUUUACUGGAUAUUAGAAAGGUAUUAGAGGAUGAAAGCGCCAAGAAACUUCUACAGGUCUGUGCUAAUUCAUGGCUGUAUUCUCGUGUUCUAAUAUGUGGAAAUUUUGUGGUCAUCCCAAUACUUUCAAAUCUUUGUGUUUUCCGUGUCAUAAGUGCAAAUGAAUUAUCUGCGGAUGGUAGUGAUCAAGAUUUGAUGAAAGAUAGAACUCAUGGAAUGCAUCCUCAAGAUUCUGAAGAAUUGAGCCAUAUGAAAGAUGCUUUUUCCAUAAAUCGUGAGACAAAAGUAUAUUUUCAUCAACAGAUGAAUUCAACAGCUGAAAGACCACAACGACAAGGUUUUCCAUUAAUGCAAAGUGAAUGCAGUGAUGGUAAAACAAUUAUAGGACAUGAUAGAUCAAAGUUGGGUGGUCUGCAUAAGGAAUAUAAAGUUUUGAGGGACAUAAUUGUAUCAUCCACAAAGAACAAUUUGUCGAGUUUUGGCUUACGAACUACAAAGGGAGUGCUUCUUCAUGGCCCGCCUGGCACGGGAAAGACUUCUUUGGCUCAAUUAUGUGUUAUUGAUUCUGGUGUCAACCUUUUCUCAGUAAAUGGGCCUGAGAUAAUAAGUCAGUAUUAUGGAGAAAGUGAACAAGCAAUGCAUAAAGUUUUUGAUUCGGCCUGUCAAUCUGCACCUGCCGUGGUGUUCAUUGAUCAGUUGGAUGCCAUUGCACCUGCACGGAACAAUGGAGGUGAAGAACUAUCUCAAAGAAUGGUAGCAACAUUAUUGAAUUUGAUGGAUGGGAUUAGUAGGACUGAUGGACUGCUUGUUAUUGCUGCUACAAACAGGCCUGAUAGUAUUGAGCCUGCACUGAGGCGGCCAGGAAGACUUGACAGAGAAAUUGAAAUAGGGGUUCCUUCUCCCAGCCAACGAUUGGAUAUACUCCAUACUCUUCUUAGUGAAAUGGACCACUCAGUUUCAGAUAUGCAACUUCAACAACUUGCCAUGGCUACACAUGGUUUUGUGGGUGCUGAUUUGGCAGCCCUCUGUAAUGAGGCAGCUUUGGGUUCGUCUAUUGCAUAUGAAGGUUGGUCUGACAGUGUGGUAAAAGGAUCCGAUUGCUCGACAAGGGUAAGAGAUAUGUUGAGGGAUAGUGCAGAUUCUGCAUCGUCAAGCACCUCAUAUUUGCCUGGAAACCCGCCAUCUUCUUGCUUCAGUGGAACUGUCUCAGAAGUCGCAGAUAAUAUAGAGAAUGGUGUUAUUGCUUGUACUAAAGAGGAACAUAUGGUGGAAGAAGAAUCCAUGUUGAAUAUUGUUUCUGAAGAUUUUGAAACAGCCAGGAUGAAAGUGAGGCCUAGUGCCAUGCGAGAGGUAAUACUUGAGGUUCCAAAAGUUAAUUGGGAAGAUGUGGGCGGCCAAAGGGAGAUAAAAACUCAAUUAAUGGAAGCAGUGCUAUGGCCUCAAACACACCAGGAUGCAUUCAAGCGCAUUGGUACCCGUCCCCCAACAGGGAUAUUGAUGUUUGGUCCCCCUGGUUGUAGCAAAACUCUCCUGGCCCGUGCAGUAGCUUCUAAAGCAGGAUUGAAUUUCCUUGCAGUUAAGGGUCCAGAACUUUUUAGUAAAUGGGUUGGUGAAUCUGAGAAGGCCGUAAGAUCCCUCUUUGCAAAGGCAAGGGCAAAUGCUCCAUCAAUCAUAUUUUUUGAUGAAAUUGAUGGACUUGCUGUCAUUCGUGGGAAGGAAAGUGAUGGGGUUUCAGUUUCAGAUAGGGUUAUGAGUCAACUCCUUGUCGAAUUGGAUGGUUUGCAACAAAGAGUUAAUGUUACUGUGAUUGCUGCUACAAAUAGGCCAGACAAGAUUGAUGCUGCCCUUUUGAGACCAGGACGCUUUGAUCGACUGUUGUAUGUGGGUCCUCCAAAUCGGAAUGACAGGGAAGACAUAUUUUGCAUCCAUUUGCGCAAAGUUCCAUGCAGUUCUGAUGUCAGCAUAAAAGAACUAGCUUGUCUCACUGAUGGAUGCACCGGAGCUGAUAUAUCAUUAAUCUGCCGGGAGGCAGCUGUUGCAGCCAUUGAGGAGAAUAUUGAUGCUUCAGAAGUAUCCAUGCAACAUUUAAAGUCUGCAAUUCAACAAGUCCAGCCAACGGAGAUUGAUUCUUAUCAAGAUCUGUCAGCAAAAUUUCAGAGGCUCGUUCACUCUAGUGACAAAGAUGAAUUAGGAAACCAAGAGUACUCAAGUAGAUCAAACUCACUUUCCAUCAGGACCGUUAUAAAAUCCAUGAUGCAGUUCUUGAAUCGCUCCUCUGCGUCGGGCCCGAAAUCUUCUUCGAAUGGAUAG